CUCUAUAAAGGGGGGGAGGGGUUAGAGUAAAGUCACCCAGCAGCUGAUACUGGCCAUCUCUAAAAAUAGAGCAUAGAUAGAACUGCCUGCCACUACUAAAUCGCUUGUAGCAUAAAGUUCAAGAAGACUAGUUGGAACAGCUUAAUCUAACUUGGAUAUUGUCAAUUGGAGUUUUCCUUCAUAUCUUCAGGAUGCCCAAGAUUGUGAGACCUGAUGACUGCCAACCAGCUAGAGUGCUGUGGUUUGACCGAAAGAAGUAUGUGACAGUAAAUUUUAUAGUGCAAAACUGCAGAGACCUCCAGGUGGACAUACAGAAAGACAAAAUGAUUUUAAGCAAGGUGGUUUUACUAUUGUGUCCUGGCAGCUGCAAAACAGAGGAUGACAUAAGUAUCUACAAUGAGAUUCACUUCUACGACCAGGUCCACAUUCACGACUCCAGGGAAACACGACAUGACCGCACUGUCCACGUCCUCCUGAGGAAAGUAAAGGAGAAUGUUGCCUGGCCUCGCUUGACCAAAGACCCUGUCAAGCCCAUCUGGCUUUCUGUGGACUUUGACAACUGGAGAGACUGGGAGCAUGAAGAGGAGGAGGGAAUGGAGGAGUAUGGUCAUUAUGUGGAUAUGCUGAAAGAUAUGAGCAAAAAGACAGAAAUUCCAACGAUGGAUGACCUUGAUGAUUUGGAUGAUGAUUGAGGUUGAAUAAAUGUAAUCCAGAUUUUCCACAGGCCUGAUGUGAAAUGACAAACUGAUUCUACAAGGACAGAAAGUAGAGAAGACAAAGCUCCUGUGGCAAUUGUUAGCAUUUCUUGGUGCUAUGUGUACAGUCAAAAUGCAUGUGGUUCCCUAGUAACCGGUAAAGCCUAGUAAUGGAUUUUUACCAUUACUUAUAAGAUCAUAGAUGACCCCUUAGUAAUUUCUGUUACAAGCUGACAGUCCACAUCUGGAGCCAAGGACAAAGAUCUUCUGUAUUAUAACUGAAGAAUCUUCACUUUUGUGCUCACUUAUCUGGAUAGCUUAUUAAUUCACAUUCAAUUUGACCAAGAAAACUUCAUUGAUGUGGGAAUUUUCUUAAAGAUGAAGUUUUCUCCCUCAGACUCAGCUGUGCAAGUUAAGUGUUUAGCUAUGCUUUAAAUCAAAAUGUGGUUGUAAGUUCGGCACUGGUGUAAUGGACUUGGCUCUUCCCCCUUGUGAGGAGACAGGGAGGUUAGCAAGAAUGUGUAGGCUGACCUCUUAUCCUAGUAAACCUGUCAGGUUCCAGCAGUUCUUAUUGCCAGCAACAUGAAAGGAUGCGCUGAUUGUUAAUGCGUCUGCAAUAUGACCAAUGAAGUGUAAAUUAAGCAACUGGCAUGAGUGUCAGUGGAGUAUACAGCCUUCCUCGGGAUCACCAACUGAUGGUGUUGCAGAUGACUGGUGCAGAACUAUCACACAUGUUCAGAUUUGGGAGAAAAUAAGCAAGACCGACAAUGACAGUCAUUUUACAGUUUGUACGUGCUUGUAAAUCAAGUUAUAUGUAUAAUGAUAAAUGUAUUUUUAAAAUUGAUGUGUGUAAUGUAUUAUUAAAAUCAUGGUAAAAAGCUU